ACCACUUGCGCGCGCAUCGCCUUAAGUUGAAAUAACAUAGAGAUCGUUUGGACAUCAAGGAGCAAUAUUUUACACAUUGAGUAGUUAACAUCUGUAAUAAAUUUUCUUCUUAUUGAGUGGAAUGUGGGACUACAGAUAACGGUUGGUCUGACUUUUUCCAGAGAUACUUUAAUUAUACUGAAACAUAUAGCGUAUUCUAAUGCUGACACAUGAAAGUACAAAGAUUGCACUUGUUCCUGCUUCAUUCUUUUACAGAAGCAAGAAGAGUCUAUCCAAGCACGAAAAGCCGGGGCACCUUUCUCACUUACAGAUACAAGAAACAUGACGUUCGUUUGGCGAAGGCUUCCAUCGUCCGUGGUACCUGACCUGACCAGACCUGACUUUUCCCUUUGUUUGGUUUUGUGGUCUUUCGGAAUAUAUUAAGUGCAAGUUUCGGAAUUGUAGCAACUCCCCAGGUCUAUUGCGACCUACGUGCGUACUGGACACGGAAACCCUCAGAAUAUUCUACCGAACGCAUACUACAAUUGUCAUGCUAAAGCGGGAUUUCGAAGUAAUGUCGCCGUCAAACCACGGAAUUCACAAUGACGCUCUGCAGAGCUCACGCAUGAGGCAACCUUUUAAUCUCUUUAUUCUGAGACCAAAGCCCGAACGCACAGUUGUAACGGCGUCUUCAAGUGGGGAAACGAGCAAUGUCUUCCCAGGUCUUCAGGAGAAUGACGGAUUAGAUUCCAAGGCUCAGUGUAGUUCCGAUCAGUUGUUGAAAACUGAACAAGACGCCUCUGUGAGCCCAUCGGACGAAGGUUGCAGCUAUGCGACUGGGAAUGUGACACCACCAUCCCUUUCUCAGCAAGAAAAGCGGCCUCAUCAAUGCAACUACUGUGAGAAAACGUUUUCUCUUCUAGCCAAACUCCGGAUCCACGAACAGUCUGUUCACCUGAAUCAGCGACCCCAUAAAUGCAACUACUGUGAGAAAACGUUUUCGCUUCUAAGCAAUCUUCGAGUCCACGAACAGUCUGUUCACCUGAAGCAACGUCCCUAUAAGUGUGAAAAUUGUGGUACAUCAUUUUCUCGGAAGGCCACUAUGCAAAGGCACUUCAGAAGUGUUCAUUCAAAAGAGCGACCUUACAAAUGCAAGUACUGUGAGAAAACAUUUUCUCGGUUGGGUAUUCUUCAGGUCCACGAGAAAUCUGUUCAUCUUGAAGAACGACCGUAUAAAUGCGAGUACUGUGAGAAAACUUUUCCUUUUAUGAACAGGCUCAGGCUUCACGAAAACUCUGUACACCUGAAACAACACUCCCAUAUAUGUGAAUAUUGUGGCACAUCAUUUGCUCUGAAAGCCAGUAUGCAAAGGCACUUCAAAAAUGUUCAUUCGAAACGACACUCCUAUACGUGUGAAUAUUGUGGCAUACCGUUUUGUGAGGCGCGCGGUUUCCGAAAGCACAUGAAUACGGUUCAUCCGAAUCAACAUCUUUAUACGUGUGAACAUUGUAACCAAUCGUUUUCUGGUUAUGGCAGUUUGCGAAAGCAUAUCAGAACUGUUUAUUCGACACAUCGUCCGUACACAUGUGAACAGUGCAGCAAAUCUUUUUCCCUGAGGUGUAAAUUACGACGGCAUUGCAAAUCUGUUCAUUCAAAAGUUGGACACACAGCUUCGAUUGAUAACAGAGUUGCACAAGUGGAAUUGAAACAGGAAACAUGUACAGGUCCCCUCAUGAUGUCCCGGUAG